AUGAUUUCGUAUCCAGAAACUGAACAAUUCCGAAGUGUAAUUACUAAAGUUCUUCGAUAUACACGCCGACAUGAAGCAGAUCGAGAUAAAGAAUUACCUGUUAUGAAAUUUAUUGGUACCAUUAAAUUACAUGGAACGAAUUCAGCUAUUUGUUAUCAAAAAGAUUCAGGACAUUGGUGUCAAUCACGAAAUAAUAUAAUUACACCACAAAAAGAUAAUGCUGGUUUUGCACAAUAUAUUGAUCCAUUAGCAGAUGAAUUUUUUAAUGAUUAUGUUCUUUCUCAAAGUUCAAUAAUUCGAGAACAAUAUGAACAAGGUCGUAAAAUUAUAAUUUUUGGUGAAUGGUGUGGUGGAAAUAUUCAAAAGAAUGUUGCUAUAUGUGGUCUUACGAAAAUGUUUGUCAUAUUUAAAAUACGAAUUAUUGGAGAUCAAAUAAAAACAAUGGAAGAUGAAGAUCAAAUACAAGUUGAUAAAAAUUCUUUUUGGAUUGAUCCAAAAGAUUGGUCAAAUAUAAAAUGGCAUAAAAAAUCGAUUUAUAAUAUUUAUGAUUUUCCUACUUUUGAAAUUGAUAUUGAUUUUAAUUCUCCGCAACUUUCACAAAAUAAACUUGUUGAAAUUACUGAAGAAGUUGAACGUCAAUGCCCUAUUGGUACAUAUUUUAAUAAAGUAGGUAUUGGUGAAGGUGUUGUAUGGACUGAAUGGACAUUAACUCACGGUGAUUUAACAUUUAAAGUAAAGGGUGAACAACAUUCUGUCAGUAAAGUUAAAACAUUAGCACCAGUAGAUACAGAAAAAUUAGCAAAUAUUCAAGAAUUUAUUGAUUAUGCAUGUACAGAAAAUCGAAUGUAUCAAGGACUUGAUUAUUUACGUGAACAACAAUUAACAAUUGAAAUGAAAAAUAUUGGAACAUUUCUUAAAUGGCUUCUAAACGAUAUUAUUAAAGAAGAAAAAGAUACUAUGGAAAAAUCAAAUAUUGAUAUUAAAGAUUUUCCACGCGCCAUGCAAAAUAAAGCAAAAAUAUGGUUUCAACAACAUUUAUCUUAA